AUUCAUUUGAUAUUUUUUUCUGAAGGCUGGUUUUCCACGUCCCCUUCAUCCGAUACCCCCAAAUCCUUGUCAUUUCUCUCCAGCCUGUCUUGGCGAAGAGGAUUGAUGGAUACAAAUCGCGUGUGAAAGCUUCACCAGCAGGGAUUUUAAGGAAUUUGCCUGUGGUGGUAAGGGAAGGAACAGAACGAUAGAGCUCUAUCUACCGACUGAUACAAGAGAAUCCAACAAGCCCAGAGACCUAAGCAGCCACGCACUCAUGCACUAUGAAACGUCUGUAACAGACACCAAAUAACCCCCCCUCUGUUUAAAAAAAAAUCCCACAAACAAAAACAGGACUUUAAGACAAGCCCAGGGGACAGUCUUCCAUUGAUCUCCCCUAGAAUUAAAGACUGCCUUUUUGUAUUGUUUUGCCUUUCUAUUUUUUAAAGCUAUUUUUUAUUAGUGAGGAGGGGGUGCAGCUGUUUUUCUUUCAUGCCAGAGCCAUGAGUUCCUAUUUUGUAAACCCUCUUUUCUCCAAGUACAAAGGCGGCGAGUCCCUGGAACCAACUUACUACGACUGUCGCUUCCCACAAAGUGUCAGCAGGAGCCAUGCUUUGGUGUAUGGUCCGGGUACCACUGCCCCAGGCUUCCAGCACCCUUCUCACCAUGUCCAGGAGUUUUUCCACCACGGAUCCUCCACCAUCUCCAACUCUGGAUACCAGCAGAAUCCUUGUGCCCUGACGUGCCACGGAGACGCUUCUAAAUUCUAUGGAUACGAAGCCCUACCAAGACAGUCUCUUUAUGGUGCCCAGCAAGAGACGAGCGUGGUGCAGUAUCCUGAUUGUAAAUCGUCUUCCAACACUAGCACUAGCGAGGGACAAGGCCAUUUAAAUCAAAAUUCGUCUCCCAGUCUCAUGUUCCCCUGGAUGAGACCUCACGCUCCCGGAAGACGUAGUGGAAGGCAGACGUACAGUCGGUAUCAAACGCUGGAGCUUGAGAAGGAAUUCCUUUUCAACCCUUACUUGACGCGGAAGAGAAGAAUUGAAGUAUCCCACGCCCUGGGACUGACUGAGAGGCAAGUCAAAAUCUGGUUUCAAAACAGGAGGAUGAAAUGGAAAAAGGAAAACAACAAAGACAAACUACCCGGGGCCCGAGAUGAAGAAAAGACCGAGGAAGAAGCAAAUGAAGAAGAAGAGAAAGAAGAAGAAGAGAAGGAAGAAACCAAGGAAUGAUCAAAGUGUGUAAGGGAUAUGAGUGUGUGAGGGUUAUGAGUGUGUGAGUGUGAGUGAGCGGCCGGUUUCCUCCAGGAACCCUCGUUUUAUGGUAGAUGGAAAAAACCAAGACGUCUAGGACGCUCGUUCUUGCUUUUCUAAGAGUAUAGAAUGAGCAAACACAACAGUAACUACCUGUCACAAGACCCAGCCUUCCUCUUUGGUCAGGACUCCCUUUGCAUUUCGUUGUGGUUUGUGCGGGAAAGGGGCAUUUGCAUUUACUUCUUAUUUAUGUCCUUCAAGUCCUGAAAUAUAGGUUAAUAACGUAAAGUAUACGUGAAGAAACCAUGCAAGGUUUACCAGUAUGAUUUCCUACAGACUGACGUUUCUCUAGUACAGCCAAAAUAGUAUUAAUUCCUUUUUAUGUGAAAUUAAACUACCUAUUCGUUUUUUAUUCUCAAGGUCCAUUAUUUAAUGGCUACCUAAUGUAAUCUAUGUUCUAUUUAGAU